GCGACGGGAGCGGCGGCCGCGCCGCAGAGGGCCAAGAUGUCGGCGGCAGCGGCGGCUUCCCUUCGCGGGGCGGUGCUGGGCCCGCGGGGUGCGGGGCUGCCGGGCGCGCGGGCGCGGGGUCUACUAUGCGGCCCGCGGCCCGGGCAACUCCCACUGCGGACACCUCAGGCAUUAUCCUUGUCGUCGAAGUCUGGCCUGUCCCGGGGGCGGAAAGUGAUUCUGUCCGCGUUGGGCAUGCUGGCGGCAGGGGGUGCAGGGCUGGCCGUGGCUCUGCAUUCGGCCGUGAGUGCCACUGACCUGGAGCUGCACGCCCCCGGCUAUCCGUGGUCUCACCGCGGCCUCCUCUCAUCCCUGGACCACACCAGCAUCCGGAGGGGUUUCCAGGUAUACAAGCAGGUGUGCUCCUCCUGCCACAGCAUGGACUACGUGGCCUAUCGCCACCUGGUGGGCGUGUGCUACACCGAGGAGGAAGCUAAGGCCCUGGCUGAGGAGGUGGAGGUUCAAGAUGGCCCCAACGAGGAUGGGGAGAUGUUCAUGCGGCCAGGAAAGCUGUCUGACUAUUUCCCCAAACCGUACCCCAACCCCGAGGCUGCUCGAGCGGCCAACAACGGAGCACUGCCCCCUGACCUCAGCUACAUCGUGCGAGCUAGGCACGGUGGUGAGGACUACGUCUUCUCCCUGCUCACUGGCUACUGUGAGCCGCCCACUGGAGUGUCGCUGCGAGAAGGCCUCUACUUCAACCCCUACUUUCCUGGCCAGGCCAUAGGCAUGGCCCCGCCCAUCUACAACGAAGUCUUGGAGUUUGACGAUGGCACCCCAGCUACCAUGUCCCAGGUAGCCAAGGACGUGUGUACCUUCCUGCGCUGGGCAUCUGAACCCGAACACGACCAUCGCAAACGCAUGGGGCUCAAGAUGCUGAUGAUGAUGGGCUUGCUUUUGCCCCUCGUCUACGCCAUGAAGCGGCAUAAGUGGUCAGUCCUCAAGAGCCGGAAACUGGCCUAUCGACCGCCCAAGUGACCCUGCCUGCUGUGUGCUUGCUGUCCUGCCUGACGGCGUCGGGUCCUCAGGCCGAGGAGCCACCUUGGACCUGUGCAGGUCUCGGCUGGCCCUCUUGGCCAAGCCCCUCUUCCUCUGGGACAAGAGGGAAAGGGGCACGGAAGGUUCUAGCUCCAGAUGGUUCGGCACUCAUCGUGGAAAUAAAUUAAGUUUCUCAACA